UUGAAACGUGCGCGGGAAAAGAACCCGCACUAAGAGCCAGAUGCCAGCUUUUUGUAAGAGAACCGACCGAGACUUGCUGACGGUGGUGUGAGCAUGAGGAUAGUCUGUACCAUUUGUACAGACUCCAUAAGUAACGACUUUUCAGCGGCGCCAUGUGGGCAUACUUUUCACUACACAUGUCUGUCUCAGUGGCUGGCCCAUCAGAAGACAUGUCCACAGUGCCGCGAACGCUGCCUCCCGAGAAAUGUCAUCAAACUGUUCAUCGAUGACUCGACUGAAUCUCUUCAGGCAGACAACGGCACUUUGGGUCCCCAGGAACUCAAGGAAAAACUUGAACUCCAUCAAAACCUUCUCAAACACAAAGACCAGGCUCUGUCGGAGGCAAGAGCAACUCUGGAGCAGAUACGAGAAGAAGUCCAGGCCUGGCAAACACAGCACAACGCAGUCCACAAGAAACUGAAGGCAGAGAAGGCAGCCAACUCCACACUAAAGAGUCAACUGGAGGUGCUGCAGUAUGAAUGUGAGCUGACGGAAGAGCUCAAGAAAGAGACAAAGCAACUGAGAGAGAAGCUGUCCACGAUGGAGGGUAUUCAGAAGGUGCUCACCUGUAGUCAGCAGGAAGUGGACACCCUGGUGAAGAACUACCAGUCCACCUCCCAGCUGGCCUCCUUCCUGGCAGUACUGAGGAGGGACUACGACGCCUUGAAGGCCAGCAAGGCCUCUGUCAGGAAGGAGAAGGACAAACUAGCUCAGGAGAUCACCUACCUCAAGAGAAAGGUGCAGAGCAAAGGAGAGGAGCUCCAGUCGACUCGAUCCCAGCUCUCCAUGAUGGAGACUGACCUCCACGCUGCAGAGAAGGAGAGAGACGGACUCGCCAAGAAGGUGGAGAUGCUUGAGAGGGCGCUCGAGUCACCAGGGUCAAAGGUUGCACUACGCCGGAUCUUGGAAAGCCCAAUGCCUGAUCCAUCUGGGCGGAUGGUUCCUGCUGAUCUGGGAGCCAGUCCGCUCUUCAUCUCUCGCAAGCAAGAGAGAGAGGUGGUAGCAUUGGAGGGACGUAGUGGAGAGGCCGUCUACCUCUACAUCACAUCCAGUGCUGAAGAUUGGUUCCAAGAGGCAGAGCGAAAACCCGGCAGUUGUCCUACCAAAUAAAGUCAUCAAGAAGGAAGGGUCAGAGAACUUUGCAUGUGGAUUCAACGGUAUGGGCGGACAGAGUCGGUUUAUCGUACCAGUAUCCUUUCAUUGACAGUAUAUACUUUGUUGUAUGUGUGCAUAUCCUUAAUUGUGUGCUCUGUGUGCAUAUCCUUGACUGAUGCUCAGAAACAGAGACCAAAGGCACCACCAACCAAAGGGCUCAGAUUUGCACCUCGGGGCCUCCAAAAUUCACGGACUGCCCGAGCAAAACCAGUUCACAAGGCGGCACUUCCGACGCUCAAAUUUUAGCUAUAGAUAUUUUUGCACUCGCUUGUCCAGUCAUUUUUAUUGUCAGUGGAAAAAUACGCGGGCGUUUGGUGCGUGUUUUUGGAAAAUGCGUUUCGGGAGACGUCUGGGCAGCAGCUAACGUUGGAAAGGUGAGGAGGCCGUGGAGAGAGAGCGGGGAUAGUUGUGGGCCCG